AGAACCUAGUAUAUAUAUCUCCUUGAUUUGUUUUACAUAUGUUAAUUAUAGCAUAUACAAUGCUGAGUUAGUUAUUAUCCUUUUGGAUUGUCUCUUGAUAGUAUAUGUGACGUUACCUAACAAAGUUCCAGGUAUACUUACGCAGGAACUGUGAGGGGGAAAUAGAUCCUAAAGGUGAUAUAUGGGCUGCUCCAUAUCGAUGGGGCUGCAUGGUAAUAGCUUACAAGACAAAUAAAUUUCAAAAGCAUAAGUUGGCUCCUAUAGAGGACUGGGCAGAUCUGUGGAGGCCUGAUCUUGCAGGGAGAAUUUCAAUGGUUGAUUCUCCUAGGGAAGUUGUUGGUGCAGUUUUGAAGUACAUGGGGGCUUCCUACAAUACAAAUGAUAUCAACGCAGAAGUUAAUGGUGGGAGAGAUGCUGUUAAACAUAAUCUGGCUUUGCUAGCCAAACAGGUCCGACUCUUUGAUAGUUCAAACUAUUUAAAGGCUUUUGGAGUUGGAGAUGUGUGGGUAGCUGUUGGAUGGAGUAGUGAUAUUAUUCCUGCUGCUAAACGCCUAUCUAAUGUUGCCGUCGUAGUUCCAAAGUCAGGAGCAAGUUUAUGGGCAGAUCUUUGGAAUGAUUUAAUACGGUAUCUGGAAACUGGUAAUGAAAUCCUCUCAAUGGGAAAUUUUCUAUAA